AUGGGUGCAGACAGCAAUCCGACGCGUGGAGUUUUGGGUAUACCGUUGACUUGGCGGGAGAAAUUUCGCUAUUCCAAUCUUCCUAAUAAAUCAAAGCGCAAAUAUUCACUAUGGAAAGACGUUUUAUUACUACGCAAACUGCUUGGACUCGGAAAGACCGAGGAAGGCAGUGACUGGAUUAAAGGGGUGGUCAUUUGCACUUGCAUCACCGGCCUGAUCCUCGCCAUCAACAUCAUCCUGGCCAUCACGGCAACAGUCAUCGCCUAUCGGCAACAAACCAAUCGAGGACAGUUCCAAAUGGCUGAAUUAUACAAUGGACAAUGCUCGCGCUCCAGUCACUGGGCAACUGGACUCCACGCCGUGAUUAACGUGUUGAGCACAAUGCUUCUCGGAGCCAGCAACUAUGUCAUGCAGAGCCUGGGCGCACCUUCUCGGACCGAUAUCGAUCAGGCCCAUGCCAAGUCACGAUGGCUGGACAUUGGCACCUCCAGCUUUCGCAACUUUACAGUUAUGGACAUCCGACGGAAGAUCUUAUGGGCGCUGCUUCUCAUUAGCUCAACUCCAAUCCAUUUGAUUUAUAACUCGGUCAUUUUUUCAUCACUCGGGACUUUGCAAUACAGCUCUUUCGUGAUUCCCGAUGAUUUGUCGCCCACCGAGUCCUUGAUAGAUGAUGAUGCCACUGCCCGUGAGGCUUUCCUGUCCAAGGUUGGGUCUGAUGCAGCAGUAGUCCAGGCGAAAAUUUUCAACGAGGGCUUCAUCAACACAACUAUUGCGGAUUGCCUUGCCAAGUACAACGUCGAGUUCAAUACAAAGUAUGGCACGCUUAUUUUCGUGGCGAAUCGACGAUACUUUGACUACAAUAGUAGUCUGAAAAUACGAUCUUUCAACAACUAUGAUUCGAUAUACGAGCUCUUCAAUCAGACCCGUCAACCCCCAGGGCUCAAUUUUCCAAUGAGCACUGAGUACUGGAGCUAUCGCGUGUGGAACUAUUCCGUAUCCGACCCCAUAGAUUAUGAAGGUGGGCGCUGGAGCGAUUACUAUUUCUACUCAUUCAAUUUUCGCGACCGCCUGCAGCUAGAGGACGUCGACAGCGCCAAACUACGUGAUAUUCGAACACUAGCAGAUUACAACAAAGCCUACAACCCGUACCGUGAUGCCCUGCGCGAGUAUUUAGACACACCGUCUCACUGGGUAAACAGCUCUUGGGCGACCGAUGUAACAUUUGAGCUGAUCGGCCAUGAUACCUUUUUAUCAUUCGGGGAGUCCAUAUCCAUGUCGGAUAUCGGUACGACUCACUGCCUAAUCGAAAAGGCGGAACAACGCUGUCUGUUAUCUUUCAGCCCCCCAAUCGCGAUAGCCGUCAUAAUAUGCAAUGCCACCAAAUUCGUCUGCAUGUUAUUGACAGCCCGGGCCAAGCGCCAGGAUCUUAUGUUAACAGUGGGCGACGCGCUGGCAUCAUUUCUCACACGACCCGAUUUAACCACCCGUGGCCGAUGUUUCCUCUCGGUUGCAGAAAUGACCCGGGGGCCUCAAGCAUGGAGUCUCCCUGCUGUCACUCUCGAUCGAUGGAAAGGGUACACACUGCAGCAACAAACCCCGAGCCCAACGUCGCACCCGCUAGACAACCUCUCAAUGACGUCCACGUCGGCAGUCCCUGAACUUCAUCCCAGCCUUCUUCCCCACCGCAAAGGAUGGUAUCAAGCAGCCAGCUGGAGACUUUGGACGAUGGUCCUAUUCUUAUUCAUCUCUUGCAUAGCCACAACCAUAUACUUCAUCGCCCGCAGCAUUGCUAGUACCAUAAACAGCUCUGGGUACGCCAUGGGCCUGGACUUCGGGCAAAUCAGUGGAAACAACAUGAUCGAUAAUCUCUCAACAAACAUGAUUGCCCUUGUCCUUCUGGUCAACACACCGCAACUUGUUCUGUCAACGCUUUACUUUCUCACCAACAGCAUCCUUACCUGCAUGCUCGUCGCCGCAGAAUGGGACCGCUACGCGCAACAUCGCCGACCCCUCAGAGUUUCCUGGCCUCGCGGCCAGCAACGGUCGACCUAUUACCUCAGUCUACCAUACCGGUACAGCAUCCCUCUUCUUAUCCUGUCUGCCACUGUCCAUUGGCUCCUCUCGCAAAGCAUCUUUUUCGUCAACAUCAAGGCGUACCGGGUUGACGGGGAAGAGGACGAGGGACGUUCAUCCCGGGGAUGUUGUUACUCUCCGAUAGCGAUCGUUAUUACACUUUCCGUGGUGAUCUUGGCUAUGGGCCUGUUGUUGGGACUAGGGACACGGCAGUUCAAGUCACAUAUGCCGUUGGCGACGCAUUGUAGUGCAGCGAUUAGCGCGGCGUGUCAUCCACCGGAAGAGGACGAGGGAGCUGCGCUUAAGCCUGUGAUCUGGGGCGAAAUCCCUCGGGAGGAGGGAGAGCAAAUUACAGAGUAUACGGGCGCAGGGACGGGGGAUGGGUCGGAGUAUGCCCACUGUUCGUUUACGUCUUUGGAUGUUGUGGAGCCUAUUUUGGGGCGGAUGUACUGCUAG